UCUCUCUGUCUGAAACUCUGACAGACUGUUGCACAGAGAAGCGGGAGCUGACUGAAGCUAAGCAGGAUGCAGGCUAUCAAAUGUGUUGUUGUGGGAGAUGGAGCUGUGGGGAAAACAUGUCUUCUCAUCAGCUACACAACCAACGCUUUCCCUGGAGAAUAUAUCCCUACUGUCUUUGAUAACUACUCAGCCAAUGUGAUGGUGGACAGUAAGCCAGUCAACCUGGGUCUCUGGGAUACAGCAGGACAGGAGGACUAUGACAGACUGAGACCACUGUCCUACCCACAGACGGACGUGUUCCUCAUCUGUUUCUCUCUGGUGAGCCCAGCCUCCUACGAGAACGUCAGAGCCAAGUGGUACCCGGAGGUGCGUCACCACUGCCCGUCAACCCCUAUCAUCCUAGUGGGUACUAAGCUGGAUCUGAGGGACGAGAAGGAGACCAUCGAGAAGCUCAAAGAGAAGAAACUGGCCCCCAUCACCUACCCACAAGGCCUAGCGCUGGCCAAGGACGUUGACUCUGUGAAGUACCUGGAGUGUUCUGCUCUGACCCAGCGUGGCCUGAAGACAGUGUUUGACGAGGCUAUCAGGGCAGUACUCUGCCCACAGCCAACCAAGGUCGGGAAGAAGAAAUGUCUACUGCUCUAACAGAUGCAGCUGAGAGUGAAAACGGACAGCGAACAAACCAGGGAGCCAGAUGUUAACUCAAAAGGCCUUUUAGUUUUCUGUGCUAGAAGAAAAAACAUUGACUUAUGAAAGCCUACAUGGUUAAAACUUGUUAGAGAAGUGCUCCCGCUGUGGGGAUCAAAUCAGCGGACAUUUCAAGUGCGCCACGUAUAGUUUUUGAUAAAACUCAAACUUUGAUUAAUACACACAUACAACGUACUGAAUUAAAGCUACACUCGUUGUGAAUCUAUCAACCAAGUCAGAUUUGUAAAAUGCUUUUCGGGGAAAGCAUGAACAGUUUUUAUCUGAUACCAUGCACCCUCAAAAUACAGCCAUGUCACUUAAAACGACAGAUUUUGCGUUAUGCGUCGCUACCCAAAACGCUGAAAUAAAAUAUAAAACAUUCA